CUACUACUAAGUCGCCUGAAAAGCCCUCUUUACAGUACCCUAUCGGGAAAGGCUUUAUCGGGUUCGACCCUUCUUUACUGUACAUUAUUAUCCACCCCUUUUUUUUUAUCUUUUUGUCCAUUGAACUCGGGUCGCUUUUUGAUAAAAAUGUUUGCCGACCAAUUGCUUUACCCAAUGGGCCACUCGUCUCAGGGUGAUGAAUGGCUUGACUUUGACAACUUCUUUGAGUUCCCCUCGGGUUCUGUAGACAGUAACCCAACCUCGGUCAACUCAAUUUCCCCGAAGGACUUGGACUUGACUUACAACGACAUGGACGGGUCCAAUUGGGACUCGGGUCUCGAUAUGUGCACUCAAAUUCCAUUCACCGACUUUGUCAACCAUGAACCACCAUUCCAAGAAUACUUUGCCGGCGCAUCAGGCGCUGAGCCCGUCGCCGACCCCAAUGAUGUCCUUCAACUUCCUCCAACUUCGCCAAAUGAAGUGUUCGUUGGAGGGGCUUUUGACGGUGCCUGGAUGCCAGAUGCGCACGACUACGAUGACCAGUUCUUCUCAACUAUUCGGCAUAUGGUCGAAUCUAAAGCAGCGGUUGACCCGCGCUGCUCAUCUAAGAAAGAGAAGCGCCGAGAGGCAGCCAUCGCCCUACAUCUCCAGCGACUGGGAGAUGCCCCACUUCCCGAGAUAGACAUGUCUCCAGAAUCCAAUACCAGUUUCCCAUCGCCUCCUUGGAGUGUUUCCCGUGACGCUACUUGCGUCAGCCCUGCCACGACCUCACUAUCUGAACCAACCAGCAAGUCACCGACACCCCCAUCGGGCGACACGACGCCGGGAGGGAUGGAACUCGUACUAGAUCUGAACAUGAAUACACCGGCGAACCUGCCAAGGAAACAGAAACCUCGGUCACGGGCUCAAAAGGAAAACUACAUCAAAGUCCGGAAACAUGGCGCCUGUGAAAAGCACAGGAAACAGCAUAAAAGGUGCAACUGCCUUGACAUAAAUGGUUCUCGUCUUGAUGUUCAUAAGUCUGCUCUUGCUACCACGGCGGUGCUUGACUCGACCAGACAAACUAGCGUGCCACUUCAGGGGCCUCUUCAUACCCGGCCACGUCAUGUUUCACUCCCCAAGCAGGCGCAAGUUGGUGUUCUUCCGCCCAAUGUGCAACCUCCAAAGUCCGUCAUUCGGACGGUCAAAGACGACGACGUUCGUUGCCUCCCGCAAGACAAUCGCCGAAGCAUUGCUUCACCAUUGGAUGGUCAUCAUGGAAGGUACUCGCCAGGUUCUCUUCCAAAGCCAAUGGAAACUGCAAAUGCUGGCCAGCUCAGACCACAAGUACCACAUUCUUCCAGCCCGACAACGCCUUGGCGUGGUCUGGUUCAGACCCCGUCGGUUCCAGGUCGCCUGAAGUCUCCUUCACACAGGUCACUAGUGACGACGACCAGCCUCCCAUCUGUCAUGGAACGGGGAAUUUAUCCCGGAUCUGCCGUCAGCUAUGUGUCAAGCGGCCUACCUCAAGCUGUUUCAUGGUGUUUCAGCCAAGUUACAAAGGAAAGCCGCGAAAGCUUGGUUCGUACACAGUCCAGAGUAGAAAUGGGCACUCUGCCUCCGCAAUCGGUACCUACCAAUCUCUCGUCGAGCGUUGGAACCCGGCAAGUACGUGUUGCGCAUACCAGUUCCAAUGUCACGAGUCAAGCGUCUGUUGGAGGCGACAGCAUCAUUCACAGCAAGUUUGCUACCACGGCGAUUUUCAGAACGGGUCUCGCAGCUGCCUCUUUCUGGCAAAAUAUGCGAUCGGUCAUCUCUUGUGCAAAAGCUUUAUUCGGCAAAUUCGCCGUCUUUGCUUCCAAGCAGCAUUGGUUCGCUAGGAAGGGAAUGGGGCUUAUUUAACCUAUAACCCUGCUUGAGCCUGUUGUUGCUUGUGCUUCGGCUUCUGCCCUUUGAUUGUUCGUUUGUGGAAAAAGAUACCUCACGUAUGUGGCUAUGUUUGGUUUGUUGCUGGGCUUUUUUAGCGGCUUUUGUUAGAUAUGUCUUGAUGAAUAUACAGUCGGCCUGUGGCGAUUGACCUAGUGUUAGAGAUAUACAUAAUUAUUUAUUCACUUAUUUGCCUAUUUAUCGUGAACAUAGAAGGGAAAUCCACUGUCGUAGUAAUGCAUGAGGCUCUACUCGGUACUCAUAGGUUAGAUUCUAUCUUCUAUCUAGAUUGAUUCUUUUAUCUGUUCCCCACUUCUACUACUCCCAAAUUACCCCACGCCCUUUUCAGUUUAGGGUUACUAUAAAUGGGUCACCCACACCAAGUCUAUAACAACUAGUCUUUGAUGUUGGUACCUGACAAUCCUCUUGUGAAAAAGCCACUAUAGCAUGUAUAAAUAUCCCCCGAUUGCCUUGUCAGCGAGAUACAAGGAACUUCCACUUCAAAUUCUCAACAGUGACUGGCUAUUUCCU